CAAAUACCUGUCAAUGGAAGUGGGCAAGUAAUGGUUCCUUUUACCGACCGACUGACCGACCGACAAAAAUUACAAGUCUUUGCUGAUUUAAUAUGUUAAAUAUCGUUAUAGCUGAUAACUGAGACAAAAAUCCCGUAAUUAUGGCGGAUAGAGAUCUUUCUAUGGGACCCCGUGAAGGAGUAACUUACCCUGUUAGGGUGCAGUACUGUGGAAACUGUUCGAUGCCGAUAGAAUACUGCGAGUACUACCCUGAAUACGAUAAAUGCAAGCAAUGGUUGGAAAAAAACUUACCGACCGAGUUUGAAAAAGUAAAGAUUGAUGAGGAAGAGAAUGCUGGCGGCGAAGAGGAGAAAAAGAGGCAGAAGCGUGGUGGCAAGGGCAUGCUAAAAUCCAAAAAGAAGGAGGACGUGCCCAAGCUUGUGCAAGUCUCCCGUGCGCCGCGCGGCAAGAAGAAAUCUGUCACUGUUGUAUCAGGAUUGAGCACCUUUGAUAUUGACUUGAAAGUGGCGGCUAAAUUCUUUGGCACCAAGUUUGCCUGUGGAUCAUCAGUGACUGGAGAUGAUGAGAUAGUCAUACAGGGAGAUGUUAAAGAUGACCUCUUUGAUAUUAUACCAGAGAAGUGGCCUGAGAUUGAUGAGGAUAGUAUUGAAGACUUGGGUGACCAGAAGAGAUAGUCACAAUUUUAGUGUAACAAGAAUGGGAGAUCUUUAUUCCUCUGUCUGCAUGAAACAUUUGUGACAACAUUUUGGAUCUGUGAUGUUUGUUAUGUUACCUCUGUAUUGUUACACACUGCUUCAAAGUUAAUUGUGACACCUGGGUCGAGUAUAGUAAAUUUCACAAGUUAGCAUUAUAUCCCUUUUACUAAAAA